AUGACGACCAAAGAUGGUGUCUCGACCAUCCAUGGCAUCCCUACGAAAUACGUCUCCCUCCUCACCCUCGUGGUCCAAAACUCCUCCCUCGUCCUUGUUAUGCGAUAUUCUCGAAUCCUGCCUGGUCCGAGGUACCUGAGCUCAACGGCGGUCGUGCUAUCCGAAGUCCUUAAAUGCCUAAUAUGCUUCUGCGUCCAUCUCAGCGAGCAGCGGCACCAUUACCGAUCCUCCCGUCUUCCAACCCUCUCAGAUGACGCACCUUCGCACUUAAAUCCAGCCAGCUAUGGUCUGAAGCAGCUAUGGGCCGAUGUCUUCAGUGUCAAAAGUGGUUUCUUCAAGCUCCUGGUCCCUGCCGUUCUAUACACCCUCCAGAACAAUCUUCAGUUUGUCGCUGCCACCAAUCUGGAUGCCGCCACGUUCCAGGUCACCUAUCAAUGCAAGAUCCUGACGACAGCUAGCUUUGCCGUGUUGAUGCUCGGCCAGAGCCUGUCGGCUAAAAAAUGGUUAUCCCUAGUCAUCCUCACGGCCGGAGUUGCUUGUGUUCAGAUCCCUUCCUCGACGGCCUCGGCGAAUCCCCAGCAAGGCAAUUAUCCGGUUGGCAUCAUUGCUGUCGCGAUUGCCUGCAUUUGCUCGGGUUUCGCUGGUGUCUAUUUCGAAAAGGUCCUGAAGAACGGUCAAAACUCGUCCAUCUGGGUCCGCAAUAUCCAGCUGAGCAUCGGCUGUCUGGCCAUUGCGCUCACCGGGGCUUUGGUGUGGGACGGCCAGGCGAUCCGGGAGAAUGGCUUUUUCCAGGGUUAUAAUUCCAUCGUCUUUGCAACAGUCUGCAUUCAGGCGGCUGGCGGCCUUAUUGUGGCAAUGGUCAUCAAGUAUGCCGACAAUAUCCUCAAGGGCUUCGCCACCUCCCUCUCGAUCAUCUUGUCAACUAUUGCCUCGAUCUUCAUCUUCAACUUUGUUCCCACGAUAUAUUUUCUCUUCGGCUCAAUCUUGGUGUUCUUGGCUACGUAUUUGUAUAGCGUGCCCGAGGCCCCAAAAGCUAUUGAGGCCGCUGCGGCCGACCCUUCUGAGAAGAACCCGAUCCUCGUGGUGGAAGACUAUGACCUGGAGGGCGGAGUUAGCUCAAGGGCCAUUCAGAAGCCCUUUCGGGAUGAUAGCGACCCUGAGUCGGGCGACGAAGCAAGUCGCGACAGUAUCAGCAUCUACGAUCCGGAUGAUGGCAACUAUUCUCGGAAUUUCUCCCCCUCAUUGAUCCAGAAUUCGACCAUGGAAAAGCAAGUGCUCCCCGAGCUGGGUCAUGUGGCAUGA